AUGCGUAAAGACAACUGGGAUAUACCUGGAAAUAACAUAUUAUCUUCUCCUAUAAAACAACCUGAUUAUGCUAGCUGUUGUUCGCAAUGUCAAGCAACUUCUGGAUGUAUUGCUUUUACAUAUUCACCAUUAAGUCAACGAUGUUCGCUGAAAAAAAGUAUGGGUACUGGUGGAAAUGCAACUGGCGACAGCAUUUCUGGUUACUAUUUCUAUCCAUUACGUGGAAGUUCAAUUGACAUUCAUCCAAAUGCUCAAUGGCAACAGGAUGGUAUCACUGUGGCUGGAGGCAAUGGGAAAGGCAAUUCACUCAAUCAAUUCUCUCUCCCAUGGGGUUUGUAUGUUGACGAUGAUGAAACAAUCUAUGUUGCUGAUUAUGAGAACCAUCGUAUUAUGAAAUGGGGAUCGGGUGCGACGAGUGGCCAAGUGGUUGCCGGUGGAAAUGGAAAAGGAAAUGGAGAUAAUCAGUUGUCUUAUCCAUAUGAUGUAAUUGUCGACAAAGAGAGAGAUUAUCUCAUCAUCUGUGAUUCUUUGAAUAAAAGAGUGGUUCGAUGGCCUCGUCUAGAUGGAACAAGUGGAGAAACAAUCAUCUCCAACAUUGGUUGUUGGGGUUUGACAAUGGACGAGUAUGGAUCUCUCUAUGUCGUUGACGAUGAUAACAAUGCAGUGAGACGAUAUAAAAUUGGUGACGCUGAAGGAACAGUGGUUGCAGGUGGUAAUGGACGAGGAAAUCUUCUCAAUCAAUUCAACGGACCCCGCUACGUAUUUGUCGAUCGACAUUAUUCGGUUUACGUAUGUGAGAGGAACAAUAAUCGUACAAUGAAAUGGGCAGAAGGUGAAAAGUUAGGCAUUAUCGUCGCUGGUAGUGCAGAAUCCGGAAAUGAUCUUAGACAAUUGGCAAUUCCUAAAGGAGUCGUUGUUGAUCAAUUUGACACUGUCUAUGUGGUUGAUGACGGGAACAAUCGAAUCAUGCGUUGGCCUAAAGCAGCCACAGAGGGAAGUAUCAUUAUUGGUGGAAACAAUAUAGGAAGCGGAUCGAACCAACUUAGUGGGCCCGUCGGUUUGUCAUUCGAUCGGCACGGUAAUCUCUAUGUUGUGGAUUGGGGAAAUGAUCGAGUACAAAAAUUUCAAAUCACGUGA